UGACAAGGCAUCUCGGCUACAACCCUGCAUAUCAUCCAAUCCAUUGAAUUGAUCGACUUCACUAUGGCUCGCGCUGCAAUGACCAAACUCUCCUGGGAGAGUCACGUCCUCCGUCCCGUGCAAAACGCACCACCCGCCAUCAUUCCCACAUUAAUCUACGGUACCGCUUGGAAGAAAGACCAGACCGCCGAUUUGGUACACCAGGCGCUUGGGGCUGGUUUCCGCGCCGUGGACACUGCUGCCCAACCCAAGCAUUAUCGCGAGGACUUGGUCGGGGAAGGCAUACGCAGGGCCCUCCAGGACGGCUACGUCCGACGAGAAGAUCUUCAUGUCCAAACCAAAUUCACGUCCGUCAAUGGCCAGAGUCCGGAUAAUAUGCCGUAUGACCCCAAGGCCUCGGUGACUGAUCAGGUCCAUGCGUCUAUCAAGUCGUCGCUGCAUAAUCUCCGGCCGUCAGGCACGGCAGAUAGUGUGAACGACGCAUACAUUGACAUGCUCAUUCUGCAUUCACCGCUGCCGACGAUGUCUCAGACAUUGGAGGCUUGGUCCGCGGUUGAGAGCUAUGUUCCUCACCAGAUCCGUAGCCUGGGUAUAUCCAACACGACUCUGUCCAUCUUGAAGGAGCUGUUUGGCCAAGCAAGGGUAAAGCCUGCUGUGGUUCAGAACCGAUUCUAUGCCGACACGCAAUACGAUGUUCCCUUGAGGGCCUUUUGCCGGGAGAACCAAAUCAUUUACCAGAGCUUCUGGACGCUAUCGGCAAAUCCAGAAUUAAUUCGCUCGGAUGCUGUUCAGCUGCUUGCCCACGAAACAGAUAUCUCGCCAGCUGCAGCACUUUACUGUCUUGUUCUAGGACUGGGACACACUACGGUGUUGGACGGCACAACCAAGCGCCAUCAUAUGGAGGAAGACUUGGCUGCCCUGCAGAAGAUCGAGCGGUUUACGGAGGAUCAGCCAGACCUGUGGCAGAGAAUACUGAAACGCUUCCGGCAGUUAACUGGUGACCAGAUGGUGGAAUAGACUGAUUCUCUUGAUGGUGAAGUCUUUGAUUGCUUUCAUCCUGUACAUCUGUGCUUGGCUUUCUGCAGCACCUAGAUGUUUGGCUAGGGAAAAAUUUGAAGCGUCAGAAAUCGAUAGAAGCAUCGUGAAACCUCUGGAAGGAAAACAGGCUUUGGAUCAGGCCGUCCGAAGAAAUGGGCCAAG